AUGGAUUUCGUGAACGCAAUUCCCCCAGAGCAUCGAUGGCCUCUGCAUUUCUGUGCCUUUUCCUCGGCGACGACGUUCGUGCUGAGUAUCCUCACAGGCAACGUCUCCCAAGUCGACCGCGUGUGGACCUUCCUCCCCACCAUAUACACCGCGUACUACGCUCUACUCCCCGUAUGGCCUACGACCUCGGCGGCGACGUCUAAGUUUUGGUUUCUGUCUCCGAAUGUCGUGCCAUAUAAGCCAGAGGACAUUUGGCUGCAGUUAGUUGAGGACUACAGCCCGAGGGCGCUCCUGAUGCUUGGGCUAGUGACACUGUGGAUGUUCAGAUUGAGUUAUAACACGUAUAGACGUGGGCUGUUCUCGCUGACGGAGGAAGACUACCGCUGGGCGGUGCUGCGCACGAAAUUGCACCCUGUGCUGUUUCAGAUCUUCAACAUAUCUUUCAUUGCAAUCACCCAGAACUUCUUGUUAUGGCUCCUCGGCAUCCCUACCGCCUCUGCCGCCCUCCAGCCCCACACGCCCCUCGGCGCCACCGAUUUCGCCCUUGCAUCGCUCGCACUGGUGACCCUCGCGCUCGAGUUUACGGCGGACAACCAGCAGUUCGCGUUCCAAACAUAUAAACACGCUCUACUCCACAAAGACACCCUCGCGCAAACGGUCGCGGCGGUCCUAACGACGAAUACGGACCUGCACAAUAGCAGGGGCGUGAAGAGCCGUGACGGGUGGACGUAUGAUGCGGGGAACCAGUGGCCUGGUGCGAGGCUCAGCUGGACGGAGGAAGAUGCGAAGAGGGGGUUUGUAUGUAGGGGUUUGUGGGCGUACUCGAGACAUCCGAAUUUUGCGUGCGAGCAGGCGUUUUGGUGGAUUAUCACUUUCUUCCCCAUCCUCGCACCCUCCGCCCCUCCAUUCCUGCCCUCCCUCGCGUCCCUUCCCCAACUCGUAUCCAAUCCGUCCCUCUCAUCCCUCACACCAUUCGCUCCCCUCCUACCAGCAGUAUGCCUGUCAAUCUUGUUUGUGUCAUCGACGAUAUUCACGGAGUCAAUCACGGCGGGGAAGUACCCCGAGGCGUAUAGGGCGUAUAGAGCGAGGGUGGCGAUGUUCAGUCCGGUGGGGACUGUGGUGAAGGGUGUGCUGGGUGUGUUGGGUGGAAGCGGGAGUGGGAAGAGUAAAAGUGAAUGA